AUGCGACCUCAACGCGAAUACCAUAUUGUCGUGCUCGGUGCUGGAGGAGUGGGAAAGAGUUGCUUGACCGCUCAAUUCGUCCAGAAUGUUUGGAUCGAAAGCUAUGAUCCCACCAUCGAGGAUUCAUACCGUAAACAGAUCGAGGUAGAUGGUCGACAAUGCAUAUUGGAAAUCCUUGACACGGCAGGUACAGAGCAAUUUACGGCCAUGAGAGAACUGUAUAUGAAGCAAGGCCAAGGCUUCCUCCUCGUCUUCUCAAUCACCAGCGCAUCCUCCCUUAACGAACUCUCCGAGCUUCGCGAACAAAUCAUUCGAAUCAAAGAUGACGAGAAAGUCCCUCUCGUAAUUGUUGGCAACAAAUCUGACCUGGAAGACGACCGUGCCGUCCCCCGAGCCCGUGCCUUCGGUCUCUCCCAAAGCUGGGGCAAUGCCCCAUACUACGAGACCUCCGCUCGGCGUCGCGCGAAUGUAAAUGAAGUCUUCGUCGAUCUUUGCCGGCAAAUCAUCCGCAAAGACCUCGAGGGCUCUGGCUCAAAUAGCGACUCGAACCGCAAGCGUGAAGGGCCAGGCCGAGAUCGCAAGAGAGACAAUAGAACUCAGCGCCGCCGAGGUCCUUGUGUUAUUCUUUGA